AUGACAACCGGGUCUGAGCCGUCCACCGGGCAGGACGCGAACCAGUUAGACUCAUUCGGGAUAUCAACUGGCUCCCGUGAUAGCAUCGGGCCCCAGCCUCGCCCGCGGACGGUAAACCCCAUCUCACCGCCACCCGGGUUCGAAACGCGCUUCCAAACGGCGAGCCCCGUCUCCCCACUUCCCGGCUUCGGCGGGUUCUGGGAAGACGUCGACACGAAGACCAGCCUCCCCGACGUGCCCUUGACCCGUGAACCUCGACAGCUCUCCCGCCCGACCAGCCUGGCCCAGAUUGGAAGCACUGUCAAAGAGUACGUGCGCAAUGUCCGGUCCCGUGGCAACACUCCCAACUCCAGCCCUGCCAACAGCUCCCAUCCUUCACCGGACCCGACCCCUGAACCGUCACCGUCCAAGGCACCCAUCGAGCUCGAGCGUCGCCGGCCCCGCACUAAAGUGGAGUGCCUCACGGGGUUCGCUCUCCCCCCUCUCACGCGGCCCUCUCGGAUCUGCGGCCUCUAUGGCCCAGAUGCGGUUGCCUCAUUCGCACAGUUGAAUGGCAAGAAACUGCAAAUUCAACACCAUUCGGGGCUGGCGCCACUCUUACUCCGCCAACUCGAUGCAGUGCGCGGUAUCCCCAAGAUUCGGCGCAUGCACUCACCCGAGGGAAGCAACGAGACCGACGCGAAGGCUGCCGAACAGUACGCAAGCUCAAUUGACAGCUGGAUGCGCGCCGAGAGCCACAUGGUGAAGCUCGCGGGUUCUCGCUUCAAGGACGACAUCGAGACAGCUGAGAUGUGGCGCUACUACCUGGGGCAGGCGGUUAACAACCUCGUCGGAGAACGCGACACGUUUCGCCCCGGCUGGGAGCCACGCCACCAGUGCGCGUGGGAGAUCCCACCCCGGGCUGAGGCCGAACACCGCUGGCACGACUGGUUCGCGUGGAGCUCCCCCGACGACAAGCCCAGCAGGCCCGUGGCGAUGAUGACCUGGCGGAUGGAGGCAACGGCGUUCGACUUUGACACGCUCUACUGUUCCGCUGUAAGGAAUGUACCGCUGGACUGGGUGCUCGACAUCAAGUACCCGGGCUUCGAGAUUACAGUGUGUAAAGAUCAAGUUGCGUAUCCAGAAGGCAUGACGUGGGAAGCGUCGCUACUCGCUCUCCUUGCCUGGCAGGGUUUGCACCAUUACGGCAUCCGCUGGGCGAUCAUCUUCAAUGGCGAGACUGCGAUGAUCACGUACCUUGCCAAGUCAACCACCAUGUUCGUGUCCAAGCCAUUUGGUUGUGCCGGCGAGCGCGGCCUCACACUCGCAAGUGCCUUGUUCGCAUUGGCAUCCAUGGACCACGAGAGCGACACCAAUCGUCCUUUGUACACGAUGCGCAACAACCACAUCGAUUUCUACUCCCGCCCUACCCGGUCCCACGUCCGGGAGCUUUGGGCCGAAGCCUGCGCACAGCACGACUGGGCUGCACGCGACGCCCUGCUCUACAAGGAGCGCGAGAUGAGCGCGAUCAAGGAGGAGCCCGAGGUAAAAAAGGAGUGUGAGUAG